AUGGAAGACAAAUCAUGGGUUGUUGAAGUGGAUGAUGAAGCUAACAGACUCGAUCAAGUCAUUGAAUCCGAGAAGAAGAACUGGGAGAAGCAUUCCAUCUACAAACUCCCAGCCUGUGUCGCCACUGAAGGUAGCGAGAAUUGCUACCAACCUCAGGCGAUCUCCUUUGGCCCUUACCAUUACGAUGAUCCGAAAUUGCAGCCAAUGGAAGCCCACAAGAAAAGAGCACUACUCCGUUUCCUCAAGAGAUCAAAGAAAACCAUGCGACAUUGUGUCGAUUCGUUGAGUUCUAUCACGGAAGAUUUGAUGGCAGCGUACGACUCUUUGGAUCAGAAAUGGGAAGAAGAUCAAGAAGGUUUCAUGAUGAUGAUGAUGAGGGAUGGAUGUUUCAUGCUUGAAUUAUUGAGGGUGGCAUCGCCAUCGUUAUCGCAGAGAGAAGUAUAUGAUGAGAAGGAUCCAAUCUUUAGUAAUCAUGGACAUCUGUACAUGAUGCCUUAUUUCAAGCGUGACAUGUUGAUGCUGGAGAAUCAGUUGCCCAUGUUGCUUCUCACCAACUUGCUUUCUCUUGAUGAAGAUGGUGAACGUCAAUCCCAGGAGAAAAAGAAUGAGGCAAUCAACGGACUCAUACGGUCGUUCUUCUUUCCCGAAGAUAAUGACCUCGAUUUGGGAGAAUGUGCACAUGUGUUGGAUGCUUACCGGAAACUAUUAUUAUUAAUAGGAAAAAAAUCACCCGACCCGAUUGAAGUUGAAAGCAUUACCAAAAGGGAUUCCGUUACUUACUAUUGGGGUGGAUCCGAUGACAUCAUCCCAUCAGCAAGUGAGCUUGUUGAUUCUGGAGUCACAAUUAGAAAGAGCAAAACAAGAAGUAUCAAAGAUAUACGUUUCGUGCCAGGCCUUUUCCGUGGCGUUCUUUAUAUACCUCCAGUAAUGGUGGACGACACGACACAGUCGAUCUAUCUUAACCUAAUGGCCUACGAGAGAUUUCACAUCGGAAUAGGUAAUGAUGUGACGGCAUACGUCGCGUUCAUGGAUGACCUAAUCGAUAAUGCCAAGGACGUAAACCUUUUGAAGUCUAACAAGAUUAUUCAGAACGCGUAUGGAAGUGAUAAGAACGUCGCUGAAUUGUUCAACACUCUCUCCAUCAAUAUGGCGCAUGAUACUUUUAAUAGGCUGGUUUUCAUAAGAAGCGAAGCAAAGGAGUAUUGCGAUCGGCAUUGGAAUAAAUGGAGGGGUAUUCUCAUCCGUUCUUACUUCAACCAUCCUUGGGCUGUCAUAUCUUUGAUCGCCGCCAUUUUUCUUUUCACGCUCACCAUCCUUGGGACUUCAUACACCAUCGCCCAAUUCUACCACGAACCUUCCACUCCAGAAAAAUAAUUUACGUUUUUCAUGAUUUGUACUAAUUUUCUUUAAAGGAUGGAAUACUUUUUUAUUUCUUUUGCAUAUUGCAAUGACUAAUCCCUUUCGCU